CACAUCAAAAAGCACGUAAAAUGAAUGAAUCAAAUAGGAAUGAAUCGAUCAGAAUAGAGAAUUUAACAGCACCAUGGCAUGAAGCUAAUUUUAAUCCAUUUUUGUGCGUUCUUGAAUAUCGCUAUUUUAUUUAAUUUUUUUGUUUGUUUGUUUUUAAACAUUAUUUUAAACAUAAAACAGGAUUAAAUGAUUCACGUCUUCGUAUUUAUCAUGAAACCAGCAGCGCUGCCGUUGCUUUUUGGUGCUUGAACUCCAUUUCCCAGAGGUCUUUGAGGCCCAGUUUCUGACAACAAAACCGCCUGGUCGUCAAAUCCAAGUGCUCAGACUGCGUUUGACUCGGGAUAAGGUAAAACAGGUUAUUAUAGUCUACAUAUACAUAACUACUAUUACGUAAUUGAUAUUAAUAUUAUAAUAAUCGCCGUUUUGUUAUAAAUGUUUCCGUUUCCGGUGGGUUUUUAUUUUGAGGACGAACGCUUUAAUGUCUCGUGCACAGUGAGAGUGCAGCGUUGGAACGUUAGUGAGCACGAACACCAAUGCUAACGCUAAUGCUAAGUGGAUAAACUAACGACGAAAUGUUUUGACAUGUUUAAAAGGUCGCGAGUUUGUUUUUAAAGGAUUUAUUUAUGUAUUUAUUUUUACGAAAUUAGCAUUUUUCGGAAUGCAUAAUUUGUCAGAGCGUGUGUUUGUCAGGAGAGCGCAUAAACGUUAUUUAUUUUAUACUGUGUGUUUAGCUAGUCUGCAAUAAAAUAAACACGUAUUUAUUUACGUAUUUAUUCAACCUGGGUGGUAAAAUGCUCAUAAAUUUCAAUAUUUAACAAAUUCCGAGCUCUAAAUUGAUCCAUAACACUGAACUAACCUAAUACUUGUGUUAACUAAAAUUGUUAAUUUUAUUAAGAUAAUUUUUUAAAUAAAUUAAAUACAGAUUUCUUAUCAUUCUCUGCAUUAAUAACACAUUUCAGGUGACACUCUUUUUGGUGAUCCUUUUCCUGUUUAUUCAUCUAUAUUCAUUUAUUGUCGAUUUCUCGAUUCUGAUUGGUCAGAAGGUCACGAUUGAUUGAUUAAUUCAAUUAUUCAUUCAUUUCUGCUGAUAAGUUAUGGUUUCUAUAGUAACGGCUAAUUCAGAGGGACUUGAGAUAAGCGUGUGUAAUUGUUGAUCUGGUUGAUAAGCUUUCUGUAAGGACGAAUGUGUUUGUUUUUGCGUUUAUGGAAGGAGGAGUCUGAAGCGUCAGAGGUAAAGCUGUGACUUUUUUUAUUCUUCCAACGUUUUCAGGAGAAAGGAGUUUACACUUCUUUGCUUCGUGUUUCUCGGGAACAUGAGGAUAGCUGCUGUAACUUGUCGGUCUGUUCUCCUGUUAUCAUCAGCAUGAUGAUGAUGGAAAGCGAGGGAUGAGGACGAGUGCAGCGGCGAGCGAGAGAGGGAGAGAGAGAGAGAGAGAGAAAGAGGGAGCGCUCUGUGAGUGAGGCUUGGCAAGGAAAAACAAAAGGCCUUUGAUGGGUCUCGCUGUGAAAAUCGGCGCUGGCCCUCACACACGCCGCUGAGUGAAUGUUGAUGAGGUGUGCGAGUGUGGAUGAGAGAGUGUGUGCGUUUGUGUGUGUGUGUGUGAGAGACCAUGGCACCGGGCGACACGGCGGCUUUGAAUGUAAAGCAGCACAAGCUCAGGACGAAGUGCGCGUCGCGGUCGCCCGAGGCAGAGUGCGCGGCUGACGGCUCGUUCAUUUUCGAGGCUCACGAAGCCUGGAAGGACUUUCACAACUCGCUGCGACAAUUCUAUGAGAACGGAGAACUCUGUGACGUCACGCUGAAGGUGGGCACCAAGCUGAUCCCGUGCCACAAGCUGGUGCUGGCCUGCGUGGUGCCGUACUUCCGGGCCAUGUUCCUCUCGGACAUGGCUGAGGCCAAGCAGGAGCUGAUCGAGAUCCGCGACUUCGACGGUGACGCCAUCCAGGACCUGGUGCGCUUCGCCUACUCGUCACGCCUAACUCUGACAGUGGAGAACGUCCAGCCGCUGCUCUACGCCGCUUGCAUCCUGCAGGUGGAGCUGGUUGCUCGGGCCUGCUGCGAAUACAUGAAGGCCCAUUUCCACCCGUCCAACUGCCUCGCUGUGCGCACCUUCGCCGAGAGCCACCACCGCGUGGACCUGAUGGACAUGGCCGACCGCUACGCCUGCGAGCACUUCGGCCAGGUGCUGGAGAGUGACGACUUCACGCGUGUCUCACCGCAGCACCUCAAGACCCUGCUCAGCUCCAGCGACCUCAACAUCCACUCCGAGACGCAGGUGUACGAAGCCGCCGUCAAGUGGCUCAAAGCCAAUCCGCAGCACCAUGAGCUCUGGCUCCAUCAGAUCAUGUCUCGGAGAACGACAUACGAAAGAAAAGGAAACGUGAAAGAUUGUGUCCGCAUAUUGCAGGUGCGUCUUCCUCUGCUCCCCGUGGGCUUCCUCACAGGCACCGUGGCUAAAGAGGAGAUGAUCAAGGCUGACCUGAGCUGCCGAGACCUGCUGGACGAGGCCAGGAACUACCACCUGCACCUCAGCAACAAGAGCGUACCUGAUUUCGAGUACUCGAUCCGCACCACGCCACGCAAACACACAGCCGGUGUGCUGUUCUGCGUGGGGGGACGUGGUGGUUCUGGAGAUCCGUUCCGCAGCAUCGAGUGCUACUCUAUCAGCAAGAACAGCUGGUUCUUCGGGCCUGAGAUGAACAGCAGGCGCAGACACGUGGGAGUCAUCUCUGUAGAAGGAAAGGUGUACGCAGUGGGCGGCCAUGACGGCAGCGAGCACCUGGGAAACAUGGAGAUGUUCGACCCGUUCACCAACAAGUGGAUGAUGAAGGCCUCCAUGAACACGAAAAGGAGGGGCAUUGCACUGGCCACACUCGGAGGUCCGAUCUACGCUAUAGGAGGCCUGGACGAUAACUCGUGCUUUAGCGACGUGGAGCGUUAUGAUAUCGAGGCAGACCGCUGGAGCGCCGUUUCCCCCAUGAACACCCCUAGAGGAGGAGUGGGCUCCGUCGCUUUAGGGAGCUACGUGUACGCUGUGGGAGGGAACGACGGCGUAGCCUCGCUGUCGAGCGUUGAGCGCUUCGACCCGCACCUCAACAAAUGGACCGACGUGCGAGAGAUGGGGCAGAGGCGUGCGGGAAACGGAGUGAGCGAACUGAACGGCUGCCUCUACGUUGUAGGUGGGUUUGACGAUAACUCUCCGCUGAGUUCAGUGGAGCGCUUCGAUCCCAGGAUGAACCACUGGGAGUAUGUCUCUGAGCUCACCACGCCCAGGGGUGGAGUCGGUGUCGCUACGGUGAUGGGCCGGGUCUUUGCUGUGGGGGGACACAACGGAAACAUCUACCUGAACACGGUGGAGGCUUUUGAGCCGCGCACGAACAGGUGGGAGUUGGUGGGCUCGGUGUCCCACUGCAGGGCCGGAGCAGGCGUGGCUGUCUGCGCCACACACAUCAGUCAGAUUCGAGACGUGGGUCAGGGUUCGAGCAAUGUGGCGGACUGCAUGUAGUGACACUGUUGGAGUAUGGAGAGACAACACGGUGUACACACACACACACACACACAUACAGAGCACCACACAUACUCCAUACAAAAUUCUCAACAUCUAUAGACAUAUGACACACUCCAAAUACAACACAGCUCUCGUAAAUACAACACACGCACACACACUACACACAGCUCCACAACAUUGUAUCAACACUUAUACACAAGCUACACAGUUAAAUUACAGCACCACCAUACUCCUGAUCUCUCGCUGUAUCUCUGUAUGAAAUCUUCCUCGUAUCAGUUUUACCACCUCGCUAUAAAGACUAUGAAGCUUCAGUAAUAUUAAGAUGUAUAAAAAAACGUGUGCUACACAAUCUAUAUUUACGUUUUAUUUCAUAUAAGAUUCUCAGAUUUGUGUUGAACUGCUAUAAUGACAAAUGGCUGCCUUUGGUUGAAAUUGAACUAACGGGCGUAAUCCAAAUAGUAAGUUUCUCAUCUUUAGUUAACCAGUGGUCAUCAUCUUGGAACACGCUGCUUCAUCUUAAGUACCUGUUAAACAAAUCAAUGCCAAGUAAACACAAACACGAACGAGCUAGCUAGCUGACGAUGUUGACACCGGGCGGCCAUCUUGCUCACGUCUCGAGAAGGACGUACACUGGGCCGUUUUAAUACACUGCUUUUGAUUUUGUACAAGGAAUUUCGGUCCAUAUCUGUGCACUUCUAAUCUUUCAUAGAUUAGAAACAAGGCUUGAGUAUAUUUUUUCUGGAAGAUGUACAGACAUGAAGACAUUAGUGCUUUUUCAGAAUGUUCAUAGUGCCGAUUCUGCUUUUCGUCUGCUUUUAACUGCAUGCAAAAAUAUUUAUUUAUUUUUAAAAUUUUGAAAUAAAGGUUUCUCAUAUCUUCGUAUCAUAGUUUGGUUGUUUUUUUGUUUUGUUUUUUUGUUGUUUGAUAGUUUUUUAAAUGCUCUUAUCGAUAAAGUUUUAAGCCUGUGCUUUUUGGAAUGAAUUUAUAUGUAUUUAUAUGUGUGCCAAUAAUAAUAUAUCUUUCUUUUCAGUAUAUUAUAUAUUGAAUCAUGUAGUUGCAUUGAACUGAUCUUCUUGUGUUUGACAACUGGUGUAUUUUAAAAAAUUCUAUAGCAUAUUUAUCCUUUUUGUUAUCAGGCAUCAUAUCUGCAAUCGAGUUUGACCUGCAUAUUUUAUAUUUAUUUUCAUGUAUUUAAAGCACAGAGAAUCAUAUCCAUGUGAGGUUGUUUACAAACUGCCAUAAAGCGUGACUAGCGCUCGACUUGUGCAAUUCUGGUUUUCAGUAGAAGAACCUUUUGUAUCUGAUUUGAAGAAAAAAAAUGACUGAUACUGACUGUAUAAAAUGGGUCUGAACUUCCCAAACCAGUUCCUGAGGCUCCAUCUGCCUUUUUCUGUCCUGUUCCAAUUUGGUAAAAGCAGUAAUUUGACAAAUUUUUUUUUGCAGUUUUUACACUCAAAUCUAGGAUUUUAUUUAUUUAUUGCAUUUAUUCACAUGGUUAUAAUUUCAGGAGUUAGGAUAGAAAACAUUGGGACUGGGAUGGGAACCGUGACUCUGAAUUGCUAAUUGUGUGAAAGAUUCUCUAGCAGACAUGCACCUAUUUUAAUACGAGAGCUACUGUAGUGAAUCGUCACUUCCUGUACAGUGGUACUUCCUGUUUCCAGUAAGGUACUGUACUCGUACUGUAUUUUGCUCAAAUUCUUGCUCUCGUCUGUCGGUUUGUAUAAUUCAAAUAAAGCUAUAAGAAAUAUUAUAAUGAAAUAAAAUGCCUGUGCAUCCAGUUUGUCAUGUUCUGUUGAAAGUAUAGGUAGUAGAAAUGGUGUGAAACAGAUUUAUUUUUAUUAUUAUUUACAUGAUAAUCUUUAAAAUAUGUAGCUAAGCUAUGUUCUAGCUAAUUUCAGGACUCCUUAUGCUCUAGCUUUUAAAUCUUUGCACAUUAUGAACGAACUGUUCCUCAUAUCAAAAAUCUGCUGAACAAGUUUUGUUCGGGUUCACCUCCCAGUGCUCUCUUCCAAAUUUUAUGGUUUUUGAACAAAAUUUGUAAGAAGUAUCAGAAAAAAUUUUCUCAAUCAAAUUCAAAAUGGCUGAUUUCCUGUUCGAGAAAUCACAAACUUGUUACAUCAAUAACGCUUGGCACCUCUAUGAAUUUGUCACUCGCAAAGUAGGAAGUUGGACAUUUUGUUUCUUCUACUACACAUUUUGAUCGUUCAUCACAAAAUUUGCUAAGGGCUAAGGGCUGAGAGACAAAAAGUGCCUGGCCCCCUUAAUUGCUACUUGCAGCUAUAUUCUUUCUUUAAAUAGGUUAUGCUGAUAGUGAAUUACACCAAAGCACACUAAUAUUGUACAUUUAAAAUCUAACAUUGUAAAGCACAUAGACUUUUUAUUAUUAUUAUUAUUAUAGCCUACAUUUAAAUUAACCUUUUUCCACACAUUUGACACAGAGGCUUAGAUCUGUGUCAGAUUUCUGUAACAAUAACAGACCAAAGGUACACUGUACAACAGUGUAAUUAACCACGUAUUAUUGCUUACACUGCUAAACCUUUAACGAUGUAGUUAUCCAGUAACUAAGUACAAAACCGUGCUAGCUGAGGAACGUAAAUAUUUCAUUAUAUGAGUGAGGAAGUGCAACCUUUUUUUAAAUACAUGCAAAUUUUAAAUAUAUUAUGAUCCAUAACAGGUUUAUUAACAAUAUUUCAUAAAAGGUUUAUUAACAGUCUUUCACAAUAACUGUAUAAUCUAGAUUUUUAUGUUACUAUAUUAACAUUAUUGCAAAAUCCAUAACAUUUAUUUGGCUAAAUAUGAUGCAAUAAAUGUUAUGACUGGAUGUUGUGCAGUCCUGUGCUUUUCUGUAACCGAAUCAUUUCUCUUUGAUUAGAAUUUUUAUGGAAAAAUAAUUAUAUCUUUUAUGUUUAUUAAAAAUCAUUUUUCUUUGUUGUUUUAAAUAAACAUUUCACUUUAAAUUUC